UGACGCGGCCCACCUUCACACUUCAGUCUCUCUGCUCUUUACAAAGCAGGGGAUCCAUACCUUAUCCAUGGCGGAAUAUCGCAGCAUAGGGAUCUUUCUCUCUUAGCACACAGUUAACACAGAGAUGUUGUCGAUGUCGAUUCAACCAAGGAUAGAGAGCAAUUUGACGAGGCAGCCUAGCUUAGCGUUCACGAAUGUCUCCUUCACCUGCCUUCACUCGAAGCCCUCACUCUCUCUGCAGCAGCGAAAACUGCCGCCGUCGGAUCUGAAAAUUGAAUCCGUCGGGACUCGGAGGUUACCUCGUGCUGCAGAAUUAGCCACCGCGGAAACGCCGGAUGAGGUAGUUUCAGAGAAGGAGGAGGCGCUUGUCGAAGAACAACCUCAGGUUGGGAAAGAAGCAAAAUCAAGAGCUCGACCUCGGCUGGUGUUGAAAUUCAUAUGGAUGGAAAAGAACAUAGGAGUAGGGCUAGAUCAAAUGAUACCGGGGCACGGGACAGUGCCGUUGAGCCCAUACUUCUUCUGGCCGAGAAAAGAUGCGUGGGAAGAGCUGAAGACGACGCUGGAGAGUAAGCCGUGGAUAUCGCAGAAGAAAAUGAUCAUACUUCUAAACCAGGCUACGGAUAUCAUCAACCUCUGGCAACAGAGUGGAGGUAAUUUGUCCUAACUCUCACUUACUUUCUUGGAAUUCUUCUGCUAUAUUGUUUAUUGUUAUGAUCACUCACUUGGAACACUAAUUUUCAUGUGUUAAUAUUAUUAUUGUUAUUAAUUUUUA